AUGGGAUCCGCAGCGCCCCUCGACGCCGGCGCCCUGCCGGCGCUGGCCACCGACCCCAAGUUCAUCUUCUUCACCGACUUUGACGGCACCAUCACGCUGCAGGACAGCAACGACUACAUGACGGACAACCUGGGCUACGGCCCGGAGAAGCGCAAGCAGGGCAACAAGGACGUGCUCUUCGGCAAGCGCGACUUCCGCUCCAGCUUCCGGGAGAUGCUCGACAGCGUGCCCACGCCGUUCGACGAGUGCGUGCGCACGCUGCUGGCCAACGUCAAGCUCGACCCGGGCUUCAAGCAGUUCUUCGAGUGGUCGCGCGCCGCCAACGUGCCCGUCGUCGUGCUGAGCGGCGGCAUGCAGCCCAUCAUCCGCGCCCUGCUGGCGCACCUCGUCGGCCACGACUGCGUCGACCACAUCCAGAUCGUCAGCAACGACGUCGCGCCCCGGCCGGGAAGCAAGGGCAUCAACGAGCCCAACGGCUGGCACAUCGUCUUCCACGACGACAGCGGCUUCGGCCACGACAAGUCCAUCGAGAUCCGGAAGUACUCCCAGCUGCCCAAGGAGCGGCGCCCCACGCUCUUCUACGCCGGCGACGGCGUCUCGGACCUGUCUGCGGCUCGCGAGACCGACCUCAUGUUUGCCAAAGAGGGCCGUGACCUGGUCACCUACUGCAAGAAUGAGAAGAUCCCCUACGAGGAGUUCUCCGACUUCACCAGCAUCCUGGCGACGGUCAAGGCCAUUGUGGAGGGCAAGACGACUAUCGAGGAGGCUGCCAAGCGUGCCCAGCAAUGA